CGUGUUCUGGAGAACACAUGACUGCACGCAUCAAAAGAACCUAUCUUCGGUCACUAGGCUACAAUGCAUGGGAAGUAUAUGUAAAUUCAUCAGACUCCCGCUGUAGACCCCAGAUUACAUAUGAAUAUAUUACCUUCUAUUUACCAUUCAAUGGUUGUGGCACUCACAGACAGGAGAGCAAUAACGAAACCAUCAUUUACUCCAACAUCAUCAAGACAGAAGCCCCUGAACAUAUCAUUACAAGAAAGAGAAACUUUCAGUUUCACAUCAUGUGUGAAAUGAGUGCAAACACCAUUGUAGAAACAAUGUUUGUUGCCCAAAAUUCUGUUGACAUUACUGAAAAACAUCAUGGCCAUUAUGAAAUGACUCUUAGAUGUUAUGAGUCACCAUCUUACUCUCAUCAAGUUUAUGGCUUUCCCUAUUAUGUUUCAAUUAAUCAGGUGUUAUACUUUGAAGUUAUUCUCGACAAUUCUGAUCCAAACCUAAUCCUGUUUUUAGACACGUGCAAAGCCUCUCCACAUGCUCAUGACUUCGAAAAUUUGACCUAUCCCUUAAUUGAACAUGGAUGUGUACAAGAUUCUACUUUCAAAAAUCUGCAUCCACCAAACAACAAUGCAGCUCGCUUUGAGUUCAAUGCCUUCAAGUUUGUUGACCAACACAAUGAAGUUUUUUUGCAAUGCAAGCUGGUUGUAUGCAUGGCAAAUGACUACUCUUCCCGAUGCUACCAGGGGUGCUUAAGCAGAAAGAAGAGGAAUGUAGAUGAAGAUCAGGACAAAGUGGAUGUUGUUUUGGGACCAUUCAAGCGCCAGGAAACACUUCAUGAAGACAAUAGACAGGAAUUGGCUAAAAAUGUGAAUCCAGGGAAGGAUGAAGCUUUCAAUCCACUUACUGUUGCUACUGUAGUUUUGGCAGCUAUGGUCUUUGUGUUGUCUGGCUUUCUUCUAAGCAGUAAACUAAGAAGAAAAAAUUAUCAACAAAUUUACUGAUGCCAAUACAUCGUUUAUGUAAACAGGCUCUAAAAGUUCAUUGAGCACUUUCGACAUAUAAUCUGAAAAUGCAACUGUAAAAUGUACUUUUUAAAGUGAUUGGUUAUUUCCCCACAGUAAAUUCUUGAACUUCACAUCAGCAACAUGGACCUAGCUAUUGUAUAGGUUAUAGCAUCAACUACAACUAAGUUAAGACAAGAAAUUGGGCUUUAAAUAUUUGCUUUGUUAUAAAAUAACGUAAACUCAUGGCUAGGAAAAUUGUGACCUUCAAGAUGUUGUUGGACUGCAAUGUCAACCAUGCCUCAUGAUUAAACUUGAGGGAAGUGCUGUCCUUAAACAUCUUAAGGGCCACAAAUUGACUGCUUUCAUUGUUACGUUGAAAACAUUUUGAUGAAUGCCUUUAUGGAAUUUUGGUUGUCAUCCUCUCCAUGUUGUAUUAAAGUUCUA